UAUAAACAUAAAGUAAUGACUGUUUGUUUCUUUAUUUUAUGUCCAGGUGGAUAUUACUAUCCUUACGGAGCUCCUUAUGGUACUGGUGUGGGUACUGUGCCUGGACAGGGAGCAGGAAAGCCACCUGGAUCAAAACCUGGUGCUACAGGUGGAGUAGGAAUCCCACUGACCUCAGGAGGCUAUCAGGUUGGACAGGGAGGAGCUGGUGGAGUGAAAGCACCUAAACCCGGUUAUGGUAACCUUGGAGGAGGAGGUGUAUAUCAGCCAGGUGGUACAGGAAUGGGAACCAUAGGAGCAGGAGUCGUACCUGGAGGUGGACAGUACUCUGCUGCUGCUGCUGCUGCUGCUAAAGCUGCUAAAUAUGGUGUUCCAUCAGGAGUAGGACAAAGACAAGUUCAAACAGGAGUGGUUCCUGGUUAUGGCGGAGGAUACCCUCAGCAGUACUACCCAGGUCAAUAUGCACCUGCUCAACUUAGCCCACAACAAGCCAAAGCAGCAAAAUAUGGUGCACUGCAGGGCUUCCUUGGAGGAGGAGGAGGAGGAGGCGGAGGUGGUGGAGGACUCUACAGAGGUGGCGCUGCAGGAUGCCAGGGUAAAUACUGUGGGAGGAGGAAGUAGACGGUCCCCAGAUCCAGUGACCUCAAGAAACCAUGGUGCUACUGCAUGAUCUAGAAUGUACAUUUUAUAUGGAAACAAUGCCCGAUUAGACAACCUGUAAAGAUGUUCGUUGUUGCUUACUUGACUUCAAUGUCUGUUUUUCUACAAACCCACCGACCCAGAGUUUUGUACAUGUUCUGUUAUGAACAUAUGUUAUAGAUAGUGCCUUUAAUUAAUCAUUUAUGUGCUCCAGUUAAUCAGCUUUUAUUCUCUGUACUCCACCAAAGGGGGUUUAGAAGUGUUUUGUGUCAUUGUGUGUUGCUGCAUUAGACUUUGUGUGAGUGUGUUUCGUAUUGUGAGGAUCAGUCUGAUCUUUCUGCUUUAAUCCCCAAAACAAGUGGAUCCAUCUCACCUGUCUGCGCAGAGCUCAUCGCCUUUCGGGGGGGAGUGUUGAUUUGGUGGAAGCUCGCCCGAAUACUUCAUCAAAUCUGUCCAAUCUCUGCCCCCCCCCUUUUCCUCUGCGACUAUUUUUAUCCAUGCUGAGUGUAAAGCAGCAGGAGAUUGCUCGGGCCAACCCAUCUGCUCUCUGAGAUUUUGCUGAUUCCUGUUGCUGCAAAGUGAAGCCGUCUCAGCACUUCUCUGUUCUCUAAAUGAAAGAAAGCUAAACACAGUCAAAACAUUUCUUCAGGCUUUACAGAAGGGAAAACAUUUGAUUAGAAGUAGGAGUUAGUCUGACAAGUACUUUAUGUGUGGUUGAACAUUGAGUGAGCAUUAGUGUCAUUUAUUUGUUAGGACUAAUAGCUGUAUUGUUAUCAGGAGAGCAUAAAACAAAGAAACAUCCUUUUGCAUUUAUCCUCUGUCACUAACUAUUAUCACAAGCUUUGUUUAUUGGGGGAGGAUGUGUGUUUAUGUGAGGCAUAAAAUCCUCUUGUUUAUUUACUUGAGCUGCUUUUAUCGAGGCUUUAUUGACCAAAGGUUUCUGAGUGCUGUUGCCGACGUGACCGCAUCUCUCCAUGUGUAACUAUGUACUGUAUUUUUAACUAAUUUUGAUGUUAGCCAGCUUCAGUUCCUUCAAUCGAGGCUGCGUGAGAGCUGUCUUUGAGCCUCGCCUGGAUAGACCCUGUUGUAUGUGGCGUGGGAUGCUCUUCAUCUUUAUUUAAAACUAUUUUUAGAAGGAGGAACAGUGUGGUUUUGCACUUUUUUUUUUUAUGAUCUCCACGACACAUGUGACUCGAUCCCAGACAUCCUGGCAAUGUAUUUGCUUUAACAGAUACCAAAAUAAAAUGUGUUUAAAGAA